AACAUAAAUAAUGAGACUAUUAUAUUAUAAUGAAUAUUAUCCAAUUGUCAUUUAUAAUAGAAGUUAAUUAGAUUGGCAACAAUGCAAAUAUUGCAAAAUCUAACCUUACUAUUUUGUUGUUUUCAGUUCAUGUGUUUUAUAAUUACUACCUAUAGGUAUUUCUGCGAAAAUUCUGUGAUUUUGUGCGAUAAAAAUAAUGAACUUUCUAAAACAAAUUAUUCAGAAAAUCUCAAUUCGUCCAACCCUAGUGUCAACUGUAGUACAAAAUAAAAAUAAUAACUUAGAUUCUUCAGGACUCCUUUCCAGCAAGUUGUCAUGCUUAACUUUACAAGAAAGGUGCGGCUCCUCGCUAUGGCAGAUGCAUAAAAGAGGGCCACAUGUGAAGCAGAGAAAAUCUCGUAAUCCAUUUGACGGCAAUCCCUUUAUGAAAGGAGUUGUCUUAAAAACGUUAAUCCGAAAACCGAAAAAGCCAAAUUCUGCAAACAGAAAAUGCGUACUGGUUAGAUUAUCCAAUGGUAAAGAAAUGAUCGCGUACAUACCUGGAAUUGGCCAUAAUUUACAGGAACAUAACAUAGUUCUCUGUAAAGUAGGAAGACUACCAGAUUGUCCCGGUGUAAAAAUUAAAUGCGUGCGUGGAAAAUACGACCUAUCACAUGUUGUAAUUAAUAGAAAAUAGGAUCAACUUAAUAUGUUUAUUAGAAUAUAACUUUUAAUCUAAUAAUGCUUUUAAUUUAAUUUUACAUUUACACUAAUAAUCAAGCGCUGCAAGAGAUUUUAGGGCAGUUGUUCCAUCGAGUGAAUCAGCAUAUUUAUUACAAUUGCUUUCCACAUUGUUUGUAGGCGAAUGUUGUGUUCGCAACAUCUGUAGAGGAAGUGAGGAAGCGGGCACAAGGGGGAAGGUAAAUUCCCCUCAUGUUCAGUGGCGUAUCAUUUCUCUGUAAGAUUACACAUUGUCCAAACAUUUUUAAUUGUUCAAAAAACUAAAAAAUUCGCUAGUUUUACUAUUAAUAAAAUGUAUAGAGUCUUAUAUGUGUGUCUGAUGCAGGAAAUAAAAUAAAAUUUCUGUAAAGG